AUUGAAGUAUGCCUUAUGUUUUUGCUAGAAAAUCUUAGUUACUGAGCAGCUUUACUAAAAACUAGAUUAGAAGAUGACUUCAGAUCAACAAACAACAAAUACGGAUUAUGAUUAUCUUAUCAAGUUUCUUUCAUUGGGAGAUUCUGGUGUGGGUAAAACCUCGUUUCUUUUUCAAUACACCGAUGGAAAGUUUGAUGGGAAGUUCAUCACAACUGUAGGAAUUGACUUUCGAGAAAAAAGAGUGAAUUAUCGUCCGCCUGGACAAGACACCCAAAGCGGAAGAGCACAAAGAGUUCAUUUACAACUUUGGGAUACCGCUGGCCAGGAAAGGUUUCGAAGUUUAACAACAGCAUUUUUUCGUGAUGCGAUGGGUUUUCUUUUAGUCUUCGAUCUAACAAAUGAACAAAGUUUUCUUAACGUUCGAAAUUGGAUAAGUCAGUUACAAUUGCAUUCUUAUUGUGAAAAUCCAGAUAUCGUAUUAUGUGGAAACAAAUGUGAUUUAGAAAAUUUGAGAUGCAUUACAGUGGACAGGGCAAAAGAUUUCGCAGAUAAAAAUGGUUUACAAUAUUUUGAAACAAGUGCAGCUACAGGACAAAAUGUAGACAAAGCAGUAGAAGCACUUCUAGAUGCUGUCAUGAAAAGAAUGGAGAAAGUUGUCGACAAAAGUUCCUUUCCCGCCCGAACUCCAGUAACAGAUAACGGCAAUGCCACGACUAAAGUUUCAGAAAACGAAAAACAUGACAACAGUGACUGUGCAUGUUGAAAGAUUGGACAAUUUGAAAAGAGAAUUAAUUUUGGGCUUCUUUAUGGUAAUAAAAAAUGGAUUCAAGUGGGUCCAUUUUAAACUGAACAAAGGCUAUUAGUGUUUUCAUACUGCUUUUUCUUUUAUGAAAUCGGCUUCCCUGAAUAUGGGAUGAAUUAAAAAAUGGGAUGGUUGCAAUCACCUUUUAAUCAAAUUAUAACAAAUAAAUAUUUUAUUACUCUCAUUAUAUUUAUGUAUCUCUCGUUCUUAUGUACAUACAUAGCAUCACAGCCAGCAAUCAAUAACAAUUCGGUUACUACUGGACUCGAAUUUCUACAGGAAUGUACCGAUUUUAAUGUAGGCUAUUUCAGACAAACACUGACGCUUAAUUACUGACAGCUUAUUAAAAUAUGCAUAUAUUUGUUUUUGUAAUGUCAUCAAAUAAUAGAAUAUCAUUCCCAAGAAUAUUUUUACGGUCGUUUCCUUUUUAGGGCCCAUUCAAUCUUAUAUGAACCAGUAAUCCAAUGACUUAUGACAGAUUGUUUUUUUCUAAAUACUGACUGUGACGGAAAAAGCCAAUUAAAACAAAUUUUACGCCAGGUUGGGCUGGUUUUUUGUUUUUGCCAAGCUCUGAUGUAUACACAUCCUAAGGAAAGAGAAUUAAAUUGAAUUUUUUUAAGAGAAUGACUUUCCUUAUACAGUGCUUUCUGCCACAUCACAAAUCUUUUAAAGGUUUAUCCAUAUUAUGACCAAUCGAGCGUGUUUCAUGAAUUAUUCUGUUCAGUUGGCAGAUUCGAUUACUGUCAUAUGGAUAUCAGCCCAUUGAAUUAGAUUUUUUAUUUUUGAUCGUACUGAUUUAUGAUCUUGCUAGCAACAAAUGGUAUAGAAAUGAUUUCUUUUACCACAUGUUUGUUAUUUUUUGUUUAUCAAAGCAGAGUACUAGGAUGGGAAAAGAGCAAUAAAGCAUUCACUGUAGGAAUUAUAGUGCCAAUUUAUCGUAUACAUCAAAUUCAACAUAUGCCGUAGUCAAUCAAAAUCCUAAUUUGAUUGCAAUUAUUAACAGAAACUAUCUAAAUGUUAAUUUAUACUCCUAUUUGAUACGCAAACUUGUCUGUGAAUUUUUAUUCAGGGCUGUAGAGUUUGGGAGAAUUUAUACUCAAAUCAAAAUCUAAGCCAUUUAAAAUAUGACUCUGGGUUAAAUAAGAACUCACAGUCUGGCUCCGCGUUUCACAAAAAAGGAACUUUUGCCUUCGACACUCAAGAAAACCAAAUUUCGCAAAUGAAAACCUAUUUUUACUUAUUUUUUCGACGUUGCUGAAAUAAUGCUUUUUGGGUUUUUGUCAAGUAUUAUUCCCAUAUUUGAAAUGACAAUGUAGACUCCCCGCUAAUACUGUUCUUUCUUUAUUAAUCCAGUAUCUGAGCAAGACUAUUGAUGAUGAUCAGUGCCAAUAUACUUUCUAUACUAAGGUUCAUUGAAAAGGUACCAAUACCUUUCAUUUGCAAUAUUAUGAAUGAAAUCAAAAUUUGAAUUCAUAAUUAACUGCUGAUUUAGAUUUACUGUGUUGUUUAAUAUUUCAACUGUGUCAAGCUUCUGUUUUCGAUACAUCACCUAUUUUUUAUUCACGUGUUAUAUGUGUCUCGAAUUAAUAAUACUAAAAUUGCAGUCUAUAUUCUAAUAUCAUUAGAUUUUAAAUCCAAAAAUGUAUUUUCCAUGUAAUAAUAUUUUCUUUUGUUGCAGUAACAUAUUUGCACAUAUUUUCAUCAGCAUUGUGCAGCACUUUUCUAUAUAUUAUUGUGUGUUACCUUUUUGGUGUUCAGUAUAAAUACCAGUUGCAGUAAUAGUGUCUGAAGAUAAUUUUUUAUUUGGUGUUUCUAUAUUGUAUUGAAUUUGUUUUUAUAUCAUACCAGAGAACUAACUAAUGAUCAUGUAUACCUGGCAAAUCUCAUCCUUCUUGGUAAUAUGUAUUUUCAAUAUUAUUCUGUUUUGACUAGUUUUAUUGUUUGUUUCACUAUGUUAUGAACUAAUAAUAUUCUGCUAUGAAAAAAGUAUUGAUGCCACAUUUUAAACAUUGUCUAUAAUACAAUAGUCGAAGUAUUUCAUGUUGUAUCUGGUUGCUAGGGAUUCCUAAAAUCUAGAUUCUGGCAUUCCCUUUUUUUUAAAUUGAUCUAUUAUGCAGCAAAAUCAUUAUCUUUGUUGUUAUUUUUCAUCUGUACGAUUUCACAAAAAUAAUGGUUUUGCUGCCAUAAUGCAAAAUUUUGGAGAAAAAAUAUGAUUUGCUAUAUUUUUGAAGUUCAUUAUUUUCAGCUAAUUUUUAUUUAAUAAUUAUUUUAAAAUAUAAGUCUCUCCUGGCGAUCUAAGAUAUAGUUUAUUUCAAAAUUAUCAUAACACUUACUGUGUAUUAUUAUGCAUGUAUAUAUUCAGCCUUAGGAAACGGGACAGUGCAUUUUACUUAACCACUCCUAUGAUGCAAAAUUUCUUCAAUUAAUUCACUAACAGCUUUAUUUGCUCUGAGCUAGCAUUUUUCAUCUAGUACGCCAUUUGUUACUUAAAAUUAAAAAGCCCUAAAAUCAAAUACUCAAACACUUACCUAAAGAUUUUCUUUUCGGAAUGCAAAAUAUAUCACUACCAAUGCUACAUUUUGAAUUUCUUGAAAAAUUUUACUGUUGAUUCGGAGAAGUUUCAAUUUUUUCCCAUUUUGGAAUACCUUGUUACAAUAAAGACGAUUUUUUAGACAUUCCAGCUCUAAGAGACAAAAUGUUGUUUUUCAUUAGCAAUAUUUUCAACUUGAUACAGUAGACUUUCCAAAUUCUUUGCUUAUUAUUGGUCACUGAUUAAAAUUUCAAUAUGGCACUCUUUAUGCUAUUAUUGAUUACUUUGAUCAAAUUCGACAUCAAUCUAACAUUACCAGUUUUCGAAAUUAAAAUUCACUUCACAUUGCUUUUUAUGGCAAAUGUUAUUCUACUUCUCAUCUAAGCAUAGUCAUUGUUUUAUGUACUGUGGAGCAGUAGAUGGUGCUGAGUUUGCGAAUUGUUAUUAUGAUUGAACUGUCGCCUAGGAUUUGUGGCCGUGUUGGUAAAUUUCUUUUAAUUUGGGAUUGUGUGGUUUUCAGUUUGCGCUAUGAUUUAUAAUGCAUUUCAUUUUCAUCUAUAAUGAUAUAUAUCUACGGUAGAUAAAUAUACUUGUUAUUUGAAUC